GUGAGUACGGUCAAAUUAUACUCUAACAGCGAGGAAGGUUGUUAGUUACAUAAUCAUAAUAAUGUAAUGUUUACAUCAAUGAUGUGGUGCAUCGGUUCUCUAUAUCAAUAUACCGUGAUGUGGUGAUUGUCGAAGUUCCCAUGGGAUGGAUGUUAUAUGCCAAUGAACGCAAUAGGGACCGUGGGCUUGCGUCACCAUACCUAGUGUACCUUUAUUUCAAUGUGCAAGUAUAAGAACCUUUGAAUUGUGGUAGACCAUUUCAUUUUUUGUCUGCUUGCAAAUGAUUGUAUCCCUACAGUUGGAGCUGUGUUUUGAAAACUGCUUUAUAACAUCACUUUUUGCGCUGGCAACAUUUCAGUGAUGAUCUGCAGUCUCUCUGGAGCCCUGCGGGGACUCAGACACAGUCUCUCUCCGCUGGUGCAGUCCCUCCGUCGGCCGGCGCACACCAGCGCCUAUCACUGGCUGAGUGGCAACGGCAGCGGCUACGGCGGACAGUCGCGGUGGCAGUACACGCCCGAUGGAACCGUGUUUCACUCUCCGGGAAGCAGGCCCUCCUCACAAGCCGUCAGCGAUACGCACUUUGACUUCUCUCCAUACCAGUGUGUUGGCUUCGACCUGGAUAAUACGCUAUGUCAGUACCGCGUGCGGCCCCUCAUGGAGAUGGCCUACUCGCAGUGUCUGGUGCCACAUCUCAUCGAACGAUUCGAGUUCCCCGGAGACGUGUUUCUCGACAUGGAUGACGGCUCGGGGCUGUGCGCGCGGGGUAUCGUCCUGGACGCGCCGCGCGGUAACCUGCUGAAGCUGCGUCAUGACGGUGCUGUUCUGCGCGCCACACACGGCUCGCGGCCUCUGACUCGGGAGGAGGUGAUCGAUGCGUACGGCACCCACAGCGCCCCGUCGGCUGCGCGAGACCUGGCGCUCUCGGUGACUGAUCCGCCGUGCGGCCGGCUGCGCACCUUCCGGGACUUUUUCGACGCGCCGGCGGUGCUGGCGGCAGCCUCACUGGUAGAUGCUGUGGAUGCCGGCCGACUGCCGGGCGCGGACUACGCCACCGUCUGUGCCGCCGCUCAGUCCGGACUGCGCCACAUGUACGACCGGGAGAAGUUCGCACAGGAUCAGGACGGCUUCUUCAGCCGCCUGCGGGCGGACACGACGGCCAUCGCGCACCCAUGCAGUCCGGCCGUGCUGGAACUGCUGCGGCAGCUGCGGCGAGACGGCAAACUGCUGUUCCUCGUCACCUCGUCGCACGUCGACUACGCCCGGCACAUGGCCGAGCUGGCGCUCGGCGCCGACUGGUUCCAGUUCUUCGACGUGGUCGUCACAUACGCAUGCAAGCCUCGGUUCUUCACAGGUCGUGCACCGUUUCUGUCGGUCGACUCAUACGAUCGUGAGGGUGCCGUGGUACCGGCCGAAGCGCUCCGCCCGGGCCGUGUGUACUCACAGGGCAGCUGGGCCGACUUGUACUCGUUCCUACAGCGUGAAACCGCCACCGAACACCCGAUGUGCGUGUACAUCGGCGACAACCUGGCGUACGACGUACACCCGACUCGGAUGUAUACGCGCAGUCACGCGCUGGCUGUGUGUGAAGAGCUAGAGGCGGAGCACGGCGUGCGCUGUGCUAGCGGCCAGCCGACCUCGCUGCGACACUCCACCGUCUGGGGAUCCAUGCUGCGGGAAGGGGAGCACGACACGCUCUGGGGUGCAGUGGUGCGCCGCGCGCGCGCCUGCGUGCCCCGGCUGGACUACCUGGCCUCCAGACCGGACUGAGCGCCCGGAGAGAGGUGGGAGGUGGAGCGGAUAUAAUGUCAAACCAGAAUGUUAUGUUAAGUGUGUGCACGAAGAACGUGGUAGCCGUUGUUCACUGUGCGUUCUGUGGCGCAAAGUGAUUUGCUUGGUCUUCCGUGUCGCUAAUGGAGCUAUUGCGUCGAUAAGGGAAGCUUUCAGCUCGCUGUACUACGAAGUGAUGAAGAUGUUCUUCUUCCUGACGUCUUGUGUUUAGUUUAAGCUAUAUCUCCCGAGCAUUUUCACUGGCUGUAUUUUUGACUGUUCAGUGUUCAAUGUGCAUUACGUAGGUCUGUUUUAUCUUUAUCUUGUUCCUACUUUUAAGUUAGAUAUUUAUUAUAUUUUAUCGGCUUCAUGGUACUAGUGUUAAAAGCAGCCAUCUCUUGCAAUGUUUUCCGUUUUAUUUUAUUACUGUAAGGUGAUCUUAAUUCUUAUAUCAUAAGACGAUUACAGUAAUUUUGCUUUGGAGACUCCGUUAUCAUGCUUGCGCUCGAUCAUUGCAUCGACGAUAACGACUUUUCGUAGUUGCGAUCUUGGCCAUCAUAGCACUAGGCUCUACUGAAUGUGGAUUUCAACCUUGCGGACUCAGUGCCGUCAUUUAUUUAUCUUGUACUUUGUAGCGGUCUUUAUUUUAAGUCGUACUUACGUGCAAUUCGGUGGUAAGUGAUAUUAUUAGAAUAGGUGACCUAAUUUUAACAGCGUAUUUAACGUUUCAUGGUGCAUGGAUGUCAUUUGCGGUUCUUCUCAGUACCUAUGUGUGGGGUGGUUUGAUUUCCCUUGCCAUAUAAUUGCUCUCGAGGCGAGCGUGAAUGUGGGAUUGUCGUUUUUUUCCGUAACGAAAGUUUGUCUGUUGGCGACUGGCGUGCUUGCGAAGUUAACUCUGGGAAAGACCGCGACUGGCAAUCAAUUGCAGUUUCAUGCUUACUAUACUAUACUACGAUGAAAGGCAUUUGCGUGCGAGCGCCGAGCACACAAAAGACGUGUUUUCGGAAUAUGCCUACAGGUGAAUGCUAAUCGGUCGCCAAGCUACGAAAUCUUGUGUUUUUGCAAUCAAAUCGUCUCAGGGUGGAAGGCAUGCUUGCUGCUAGUUUCCUACACAUGUGGAAUGUACAGGUCUCGCGAGAUUAAGCGGUAGGUUUUGCACUUUUACAUUUCCGGUUAUAUCUCAGAAACUAAUCGAUCUACGAUGAAGCCAUUUUACACGAUCAUGGCCGGCUUGUUACCCAACAAGUCGAUCGCAUCUUCAGCACUUAAAAGCUUAAGACGACGAAGAUAUAGCCUGAAGUACACUAAAUUUUCUAGGUGCAAAACCUACCGCUAAAACCCGCGAGACCUGUACAUCGGUCUGAUAAGACGGGCGAUGACAUGCAUAAUAUAGACUGCUCACUACACUAUUUAAUAAGAAACCAGCCAGUGAUCACUAAAGGCACAAUAUGCAUAGUAUAUUAUGCUUUGCAUGUACGGUACGCUUCUGGAUUUUAACUCGUGUAAUGUUAACUAAUAAAUGUCUAUACGACAAACGGACAA